CUUCCGCUUCCAACUUCCGUUCCGCAAAUUGAAAGCUCGGCGUUGCCCUGCGCCCCUGCCUCGAGCUCGAAGGACUUUGUCCCUAUACGUCGUUGUCCAGCUCCUCGCAUAUUGUGGCCUGGUGCAGAUUGGAGAUCCGCCCGGACUUGGAUCGAGUCCUCCUGUCUUUGGACAUUCAUUGGAGUGCUCCAUUCAUUGAGACAGCAUGCCUAAGAUAAAGACAAGCCGUGUCAAGUAUCCUGAAGGAUGGGAGCUUAUUGAACCAACAAUCCGUGAGUUGGAUGCCAAAAUGAGAGAAGCUGAAAAUGAUCCACAUGAUGGAAAGAGAAAGUGUGAAGCUCUCUGGCCUAUUUUCCGCAUUUCUCAUCAAAGGAGCCGCUACAUAUACGAUCUUUAUUACAGAAGGAAGGAGAUAUCACAGGAGCUUUAUGAGUUCUGCCUAGACCAGGGUUAUGCAGACCGUAACCUGAUUGCAAAGUGGAAAAAGCCAGGUUACGAGCGCCUUUGCUGCCUCCGGUGCAUACAGACACGUGAUCACAACUUCGCAACGACAUGCGUCUGCCGCGUCCCCAAGCAUCUGAGGGAGGAGCAGGUGAUAGAAUGUGUCCACUGCGGCUGCAGGGGUUGUGCCAGCGGUGACUAAUCUUGUCAUCAUGUCGUUCGGCUCACGACUCACCAUCGCAACCUUAACCGGAUGAGGUGCCCUGCUGUAAACAUGGAUCCGGCUGCGGUGAUUAGCAUUAGUUUAUUGGGUAAACUAGUUGGGGGAGGACUAAAUUUCCUCACGUUUGGAUGUUUCUAACUGUUAUGUACUACUAUGACGUUCUCGUGUCACAAAUGCUUGCGUUAAAUUAGUAGCGCUUUUGCA